CCACGCCCCGCGCCUGCGCACUGGGGUCAGCUGGACAGCGCGGGCGUUCACGUGAUUCGGGGCGGUGCCGAGCGGCAGUAGGGAGGGGAGCGCCAGCGGGAGGGGAGCAAACGGCGGGACCAGCGGCGGUGGUACCAGCAGUAUGGCCGCGCUCUACGGGGGUGUGGAGGGGGGAGGCACACGGUCCAAGGUCCUUUUACUCUCAGAGGAUGGGCAGAUCCUGGCAGAAGCGGAUGGACUCAGCACAAACCACUGGCUGAUCGGGACGGACAAGUGUGUGGAGAGGAUCAACGAGAUGGUGAACAGGGCCAAACGGAAAGCAGGGGUGGAUCCUCUGGUACCUCUACGAAGCUUGGGCCUAUCCCUGAGCGGUGGGGAUCAGGAGGACGCGGUGAGGAUCCUGAUGGAGGAGCUGAGGGACCGAUUUCCCUACCUGAGUGAAAGCUACUUAAUCACCACCGACGCGGCCGGCUCCAUCGCCACAGCUACGCCGGAUGGUGGCAUCGUGCUCAUCUCUGGGACAGGCUCCAACUGUAGGCUUAUCAACCCCGAUGGCUCUGAGAGCGGCUGUGGUGGCUGGGGCCACAUGAUGGGAGAUGAAGGCUCAGCCUACUGGAUUGCACACCAAGCAGUGAAAAUAGUGUUUGACUCCAUUGACAACCUAGAGGCAGCGCCUCACGACAUUGGCUACGUCAAACAGGCCAUGUUCAACUAUUUCCAGGUGCCAGAUCGGCUAGGAAUCCUCACCCACCUGUAUAGGGACUUUGAUAAAUGCAGGUUUGCUGGUUUCUGCCGGAAAGUUGCAGAAGGUGCUCAGCAGGGAGACCCCCUCUCCCGCUAUAUCUUCAGGAAGGCAGGGGAGAUGCUGGGCAGACACGUUGUGGCAGUGCUGCCCGAGAUCGACCCGGUCUUGUUCCAAGGGGAGAUUGGCCUCCCCAUCCUGUGUGUGGGCUCUGUGUGGAAGAGCUGGGAGCUGCUGAAGGAAGGUUUCCUUUUGGCGCUGACCCAGGGCAGAGAAAUCCAGGCUCAGAACUCCUUCUCCAGCUUCACCCUGAUGAAGCUGCGGCACUCGUCCGCCCUGGGCGGGGCCAGCCUAGGCGCCAGGCACAUUGGGCACCUCCUCCCCAUGGACUACAGUGUCAAUGCCGUUGCCUUCUACUCCUAUACCUUCUCCUAGGGGGUGGCCCCAGCUCCACCCGCUCCAAGCCCAGGGGACAUUGGGUGCCGGAAGACAGGAGGGUUUUUCUCCUUUUCUUUUUUUUUUUUUUUAAAGAAACAUAGAGAAAAUAAAUGCACUUUACCCACUCCCCA